AUGUCAUUCAAAACUAUUUCCUCGCAAUUAGCUGCUCAAUUGGAUAAGGACCUUAUGGGUCCAGAAAUCGGGUUCACAUUAGAGCAACUAAUGGAACUUGCUGGUCUCAGCGUCGCUGAAGCUGUUCUAAAGGAAUUUCCAUACUCCAAGAGCAGGAAGUCCCAGGUACUGGUAGUAGCAGGGCCAGGUAACAAUGGAGGUGAUGGUUUGGUAUGCGCUCGUCAUUUGGCGCUCUUUGGGUUUAACCCGGUGGUUUUUUACCCUAAACGCAGUAGCAGAACACAAUUCUAUGGACAGUUGGUGAAUCAACUUAAGUUCUUCCAAAUACCUGUGUUAGAUGGUGACGAUGACUGGGCUCAAUAUUUGAACCCUAACGAAACGUUGUGUGUCGUGGACGCAAUAUUCGGCUUUUCAUUCAAACCUCCUGUGAGAGAGCCAUUCGGAUCUAUUUUGCAGCAACUACGGCAGGUUCAAGAUCAGUUACCAAUUGUCUCUGUAGAUAUUCCCACGGGCUGGGAUGUGGAUGAAGGACCCGUUGAGCCAAAUUGCAUCAUCCCUAAAGUGCUGGUGUCCCUCACGGUUCCUAAGCCCUGUGCGCGGAAGAUUGAGAGCCUAGAAACUCAACACUACGUCGGUGGUCGAUUCGUGCCCCGCAGCUUUGCCAACAAAUACGGGUUUGAACCUUUCGCUUAUGAGAACGCAUCCCAGGUAGUGAAAUUAGCUCCAGAGUAG